AUGGAUAAAUUUACAAUUUUGUGCAUUUCACUUUUAUGCAUCAUUUCUCACGCAUUAACGAAUGAUAUUCUGAAUAGGAAUGAUUUAUUAUUAAAAUCAAAUUUCAAUACCAAUUUUUUAUCCAAAAAAAUGACUAAUGAAAUUGAUGAAAUUGGAUAUGCCACUGCUGCACAUAAUAUUGAAAGUCUUAGAAAGAAAUACAGAUAUCUAGGAUGGGAAUGUUAA